AUGAAAAGCCCUGCUUUGCAACCCCUCAGCAUGGCAGGCCUGCAGCUCAUGACCCCUGCUUCCUCACCAAUGGGUCCUUUCUUUGGACUGCCAUGGCAACAAGAAGCAAUUCAUGAUAACAUUUAUACGCCAAGAAAAUAUCAGGUGGAACUGCUUGAAGCAGCUCUGGAUCAUAAUACCAUAGUCUGUUUAAACACUGGCUCAGGGAAGACGUUUAUUGCAGUACUACUCACUAAAGAGCUGUCUUAUCAGAUCAGGGGAGACCUCAACGGCAAUGGCAAAAGGACGGUGUUCUUGGCCAACUCUGCAAACCAGGUUGCUCAACAAGUGUCAGCUGUCAGAACUCACUCAGAUCUCAAGGUUGGGGAAUACUCAAACCUGGAAGUAAGUGCAUCUUGGACAAAAGAGAAAUGGAACCAAGAGUUUACUAAACACCAGGUUCUCGUUAUGACUUGCUAUGUCGCCUUGAAUGUUUUGAAGAAUGGUUACUUAUCACUGUCAGACAUUAACCUUUUGGUGUUUGAUGAGUGUCAUCUUGCAAUCCUAGACCACCCCUACCGAGAAAUUAUGAAGCUUUGUGAAAAUUGUCCAUCUUGUCCUCGUAUUUUGGGACUGACUGCUUCCAUUUUAAAUGGGAAAUGUGAUCCAGAGGAAUUGGAAGAAAAGAUUCAGAAACUGGAGAAAAUUCUUAAGAGUAAUGCUGAAACUGCAACUGACUUGGUGGUCUUAGACAGAUAUACUUCUCAGCCAUGUGAGAUUGUGGUAGACUGUGGACCAUUUACUGACAGAAGUGGGCUUUAUGAAAGACUGCUGAUGGAGUUAGAAGAAGCACUUAAUUUUAUCAAUGACUGUAACAUAUCUGUACAUUCAAAAGAAAGAGAUUCUACUUUAAUUUCUAAACAGAUACUCUCAGACUGUCGUGCGGUACUGGUUGUCCUGGGACCCUGGUGUGCUGAUAAAGUAGCUGGAAUGAUGGUCAGAGAGCUACAGAAAUACAUCAAACACGAGCAAGAGGAGCUGCACCGGAAGUUUCUAUUGUUUACAGACACUUUCCUAAGGAAAAUCCACGCCCUGUGUGAAGAGCACUUCUCACCUGCCUCCCUUGACCUGAAGUUUGUCACUCCUAAAGUAAUAAAGCUGCUCGAGAUCCUCCGCAAGUACAAACCGUACGAGCGGCAGCAGUUUGAAAGCGUGGAGUGGUAUAAUAACAGGAACCAGGAUAAUUACGUGUCCUGGAGUGAUUCUGAGGAUGACGAGGAAGACGAAGAGAUUGAAGAGAAAGAAAAGCCAGAGACAAAUUUUCCUUCUCCGUUUACCAAUAUCUUGUGUGGAAUUAUUUUUGUGGAAAGAAGAUACACAGCCGUGGUCUUAAACAGAUUGAUAAAGGAAGCUGGCAAACAAGAUCCAGAGCUGGCUUACAUCAGCAGCAAUUUUAUAACUGGACAUGGCAUCGGAAAGAAUCAGCCUCGGAACAAACAGAUGGAAGCGGAAUUCAGAAAACAGGAAGAGGUACUUAGGAAAUUUCGAGCACAUGAAACCAACCUGCUCAUUGCAACAAGUAUUGUGGAAGAGGGCGUUGACAUACCGAAAUGCAACUUGGUGGUUCGUUUCGAUCUGCCCACGGAGUAUCGAUCCUACGUUCAGUCUAAGGGAAGAGCUAGGGCACCCAUCUCUAAUUAUGUGAUGUUAGCAGAUACGGAUAAAAUAAAGGGUUUUGAAGAAGACCUUAAAACAUACAAAGCUAUUGAAAAGAUCUUGCGAAACAAAUGUUCCAAGUCGGUUGAUACCGGGGAGGCCGACACGGAGCCCGUGGUGGAUGAUGACGAUAUUUUCCCACCGUAUGUGCUGAGGUCUGAGGACGGUCCCCGCGUCACAAUCAACACGGCCAUUGGGCACGUCAACAGAUACUGUGCUAGAUUACCAAGUGAUCCGUUUACUCAUCUGGCUCCUAAAUGUAGAACCCGAGAGUUGCCUGAUGGUACAUUUUAUUCAACUCUUUAUCUGCCAAUUAACUCACCUCUUCGAGCCUCCAUUGUUGGUCCCCCAAUGAGCUGCAUUCGAUUGGCUGAAAGAGUUGUGGCUCUCAUUUGCUGUGAAAAACUGCACAAAAUUGGUGAACUGGAUGACCAUUUGAUGCCAGUUGGGAAGGAGACUGUUAAAUACGAGGAAGAGCUGGAUUUACACGAUGAAGAAGAGACCAGUGUUCCAGGAAGACCAGGCUCCACGAAACGAAGACAGUGCUACCCAAAAGCAAUUCCAGAAUGUUUGAGGGAGAGCUAUCCCAAGCCCGGUCAGCCCUGUUACCUGUACGUGAUCGGAAUGGUCCUGACGACACCUUUACCUGAUGAGCUCAACUUCAGAAGGCGGAAGCUCUACCCCCCUGAGGACACCACAAGAUGCUUUGGAAUACUGACAGCCAAGCCCAUACCUCAGAUCCCGCACUUUCCUGUGUACACACGCUCUGGAGAGGUUACCAUAUCUAUUGAGUUGAAGAAGUCUGGUUUCACGUUAUCUCUGCAAAUGCUUGAGUUGAUCACAAGACUUCACCAGUAUAUAUUCUCACAUAUUCUUCGGCUUGAAAAACCUGCACUAGAAUUUAAACCCACAGAUGCGGACUCAGCCUACUGUGUUCUACCUCUUAAUGUUGUUAAUGACUCCAGCACUUUGGACAUUGACUUUAAAUUCAUGGAAGAUAUCGAGAAAUCUGAAGCUCGAAUAGGCAUUCCCAGCACAAAGUAUUCAAAAGAAACUCCCUUUGUUUUCAAAUUAGAAGAUUACCAAGAUGCAGUUAUCAUUCCAAGAUACCGCAAUUUUGAUCAGCCUCAUCGAUUCUAUGUUGCUGAUGUGUAUACUGAUCUUACCCCCCUGAGUAAAUUUCCUUCCCCCGAGUAUGAAACUUUUGCAGAGUACUAUAAAACAAAGUACAACCUUGACCUGACCAAUCUCAACCAGCCGCUGCUGGACGUGGACCACACGUCUUCACGACUUAAUCUUUUGACACCUCGCCAUUUGAAUCAGAAGGGGAAAGCUCUUCCUCUAAGCAGUGCUGAGAAGAGGAAAGCCAAGUGGGAAAGCCUGCAGAAUAAACAGAUACUAGUUCCAGAACUCUGUGCUAUACAUCCAAUUCCAGCAUCACUGUGGAGAAAAGCCGUUUGUCUCCCCAGCAUCCUUUACCGCCUUCACUGCCUUCUGACUGCAGAGGAGCUCAGGGCCCAGACAGCCAGCGAUGCUGGUGUGGGAGUCAGAUCACUUCCUGUGGACUUUAGAUACCCUAACUUAGACUUCGGGUGGAAAAAAUCUAUCGACAGCAAAUCUUUCAUCUCAAUUGCUAACUCCUCUUCAGCUGAAAAUGAGAAUUACUGUAAGCAUAGCACAAUUGUCGUCCCUGAAAAUGCUGCACAUCAAGGUGCUAAUAGAACCUCCUCUCUAGAAAAUCAUGACCAAAUGUCUGUGAACUGCAGAACAUUGUUCAGCGAGUCCCCUGGUAAGCUCCAAAUUGAAGUUUCAACAGAUCUGACAGCAAUUAAUGGUCUUUCUUACAAUAAAAGUCUUGCCAAUGGCAGUUACGAUUUAGCUAACAGAGACUUUUGCCAAGGAAACCAUCUGAAUUACUACAAGCAGGAAAUACCUGUACAACCAACUACCUCAUAUCCCAUUCAGAAUUUAUACAAUUACGAGAACCAGCCCAAGCCCAGCGAUGAAUGUACUCUACUGAGUAAUAAAUACCUUGAUGGAAAUGCUAACACAUCUACCUCAGAUGGAAGUCCCGUGACAGCCGCCGUGCCUGGUACUGCAGAGACUGGGGAGGCGCCCCCGGACAGGACGGCUUCUGAGCAGAGCCCUGCUCCUGGCUACUCCUCCAGGACGCUUGGCCCCAACCCCGGGCUCAUUCUUCAGGCUUUGACCCUUUCGAACGCUAGCGAUGGAUUUAACCUGGAGCGGCUCGAGAUGCUUGGCGACUCCUUCCUGAAGCACGCCAUCACCACGUAUCUCUUCUGCACUUACCCCGAUGCGCACGAGGGCCGCCUUUCCUACAUGAGAAGCAAAAAGGUCAGCAACUGUAAUCUGUAUCGGCUUGGAAAAAAGAAGGGGCUGCCCAGCCGCAUGGUGGUGUCCAUAUUUGACCCCCCUGUGAAUUGGCUUCCUCCUGGUUAUGUAGUAAAUCAAGACAAAAGUAACACAGAGAAAUGGGAACAAGAUGAAAUGACAAAAGACUGCGUGUUGGCUAACGGCAAACUGGACGAGGACUUUGAGGAGGAGGAAGAGGAGGAGGGCCUGAUGUGGAGGGCCCCCAAGGAGGACGCCGACGACGAGGACGACUUCCUGGAGUAUGAUCAGGAGCACAUCAAGUUCAUAGAUAACAUGCUGAUGGGGUCAGGGGCUUUCGUCAAGAAAAUCUCGCUUUCUCCUUUUUCAGCCACCGAUUCUGCAUACGAGUGGAAAAUGCCCAAAAAGUCCUCCCUAGGUAGUCUGCCAUUCUCAUCCGAUUUUGAGGAUUUCGACUACAGCUCGUGGGAUGCGAUGUGCUACCUGGAUCCGAGCAAAGCUGUUGAAGAGGAUGACUUUGUGGUGGGGUUCUGGAAUCCAUCAGAAGAAAACUGCGGUGUCGACACAGGGAAGCAGUCCAUCUCUUACGACCUGCACACGGAGCAGUGCAUUGCUGACAAAAGCAUAGCCGACUGCGUGGAGGCCCUGCUGGGCUGCUAUUUAACCAGCUGUGGCGAGAGGGCCGCUCAGCUUUUCCUCUGCUCUCUGGGGCUGAAGGUGCUCCCAGUAAUUAAAAGGACUGAUCGGGAAAAGGCCAUGUGCCUGACCAGGGAGAAUUUCACCAGCCAACAAAAGAACCUUUCAGGGAGCCGUGCAGCCGCCUCUGGAGCCGGCUCCCGAGCCUCUGUGUUGAAAGACUUGGAGUAUGGGUGUUUGAAGAUCCCCCCAAGGUGUAUGUUUGAUCACCCCGAUGCAGACAGGACACUGCGUCACCUGAUCUCGGGUUUUGAAAAUUUCGAAAAGAAAAUCAACUACAGAUUCAAGAACAAGGCUUACCUUCUACAGGCUUUUACACAUGCCUCUUACCACUACAAUACGAUCACGGAUUGUUACCAGCGCUUAGAAUUCCUGGGAGAUGCAAUUUUGGACUACCUCAUAACCAAGCACCUUUAUGAAGACCCACGGCAGCACUCCCCAGGGGUCCUGACUGACCUGCGCUCUGCUCUGGUCAACAACACCAUCUUUGCAUCGUUGGCUGUGAAGUAUGACUAUCACAAGUACUUUAAGGCCGUUUCUCCCGAGCUCUUCCAUGUCAUCGACGAUUUCGUGCAGUUUCAGCUCGAGAAGAACGAAAUGCAAGGAAUGGAUUCUGAGCUUAGGAGAUCCGAGGAGGAUGAAGAGAAAGAAGAGGAUAUUGAAGUUCCAAAGGCCAUGGGGGAUAUUUUCGAGUCACUUGCUGGUGCCAUUUACAUGGACAGCGGGAUGUCGCUAGAGAUGGUCUGGCAGGUGUACUAUCCCAUGAUGCGGCCACUGAUUGAAAAAUUUUCUGCAAAUGUGCCCCGUUCCCCUGUGCGAGAACUGCUUGAAAUGGAACCAGAAACUGCCAAAUUCAGCCCAGCUGAGAGAACCUACGAUGGCAAGGUCAGAGUCACCGUGGAAGUGGUCGGGAAGGGGAAAUUCAAAGGUGUUGGCCGGAGCUACAGGAUUGCCAAGUCUGCGGCAGCAAGAAGAGCCCUGCGAAGCCUCAAAGCCAAUCAGCCUCAGGUUCCCAACAGCUGA